CCCUGUCUCGCCAUGGGGGACUGGAACCUGCUGGGUAAGAUCCUGGAGGAGGUGCACAUCCACUCGACCAUCGUAGGCAAGAUCUGGCUCACCAUCCUCUUCAUCUUCAGGAUGCUCGUGCUCGGAGCGGCUGCAGAGGAGGUCUGGGACGACGAGCAGGCCGAGUUUGUGUGCAACACGGAGCAGCCGGGCUGCAGGAACGUUUGCUACGACGCAGCCUUCCCCAUCUCCCUCAUCCGCUACUGGGUCCUGCAGGUGAUCUUCGUUUCCUCCCCGUCGCUCAUGUACAUGGGCCACGCUCUGUACCGCCUGCGAGCGCUGGAGAAGGAGCGCCAGCGCAAGAAGGCCGCCAUCCGCGCCGAGCUGGAGGGCAUGGAGCUGCCGGGGGCCGAGCACAAGCGGCUGGAGCGCGAGCUGCGCAAGCUGGAGGAGCAGCGCAAGCUGAGCAAGGCGCCGCUGCGCGGGGCGCUGCUACGCACCUACGUGCUGCACAUCGUGGCGCGCUCCGCGCUGGAGGUGGCCUUCGUGAUGGGCCAGUGUUCGCUGUACGGCGUCGCGCUGAGGCCCCUCUACAAGUGCGCCCGCCGGCCCUGCCCCAACGUGGUGGACUGCUUCGUGUCGCGCCCCACCGAGAAGACCGUCUUCGUCGUCUUCAUGCUCAGCAUCGCCGCCAUCUCCCUGCUGCUCAACCUGCUGGAGAUCGCCCACCUCGGCUUCCGCAAGCUCCGCCGGGGGCUGCUCAAGAGCAAGGGACGCGCCGCCGCUGCUGCCGCGGUGGCGGCGGCGGCCGCUGAGACAACGGCGGUGGACCUACCGGCGGUGGAGGACCAGAAGAUCGCUGCUGCCGGAGACUAA